UCAAUCAACACAUCAUUCAAACAUCAUUCCGCCCUUCCUCUCAAAUACUUUUCUUUGUUUCCCUUUCUUAGUCAAUUUCCGUCUUCAUCAUGACUUCAAUUCAGACACCGCAGUCCGCCACCAUGGCCGAUAUCAAAGCGACUGAAACAGCAACCAUACAGAUCGUCACGACUGAGAUCCUGGACCUCUCAGUCUCGGAGCACGACGUUCCAGUACCAUCGAGCCAGCAUGAGGCAACUGCUACUACAGUCCUCCGAAUCAUCGAACAGUACGGAUUGAACUACGAGCGAACAGGAUCAUGGGAUGGUUUUGAAACGUUCUUUCCCAUUGUGUUGGGGCAGGUUUCACGCGGUGAACCUGUCAAGAUGCUCCUCCCUGGCUUCCCCUUCAAAUCGCCCAACUCAAGGGACAAGGUCCUUAGCAAACUACCUGACCUUGGAGAGGAGCUUGCCUUGAAGCACCUCAACGGGCUUUGUGAGAACAUCGAGGCAGUUUACGAGCAUGGAGCCGAGGUUCACAUUACAUCAGAUGGGCUCGUAUACAACGAUUUGCUUGGUGUUCCUGACGAGGAUGUUUGGAACUUUGGAGAGGCCGUCCGCCAGAUUACCAUCGAGAACGACCUGCACCACCUGAGUUUCCUGCGCCUGUGGGAUUUGCUCGGCACUCCUGGAACAUGGUCAAAGGAGCACUACCUGGCAAACGCAUCGAACAUCCGCCAAGAGCUGAAGGAACGUUACGGAGACCCACAGUUCGAGGCUGACAUGGCCAACAAAUCCAGCAGUGAUAUGCAGAUGACCCACACCAAGUACCUCGAAUUCCUAAAGUCAGAUCUCUUAUUGAACAAGAAUUGGCUGGCAAAGUCUCCAGAAGAGCAGGAUGUCAUGAUCGCGGACACAGCGAAGGCGAUGAUGGGUCGCUGGAAGGCGUUCGCCGCUGCGCUUGAAGCGAGCCGUACCGAUUAUGUUCGUCUUUCAAUCCACGACUCUGGCGGCAAGGAUAAGCUCUCGAUGGCGCUCAUUCCACAGAAGCAGAGAGGUGCGCUGGGUGCCACACCAUGGCACUCUGUCGUAGUUGCGGAGCUGGACGGCAGCUACCGUUCAGUGCAGAGACACACUGUCGACCAGGAGAAAUAUGAGCUCAUUCACCAUAACGGUCGGCCAUACUUCUUCCGUGCCAAGUCAGAACUCUUUGACUGGAGCGCUGAUGGUUGCGAUGCCACCUUUGAACAUCUCUAUCCCACUGGCCUCAUCAUCCGCCCUACCACUGGUGCACCUUCCAUGACCACCAUCCCCAUGAAGAAGGUCCGCAAUCUGACGAACAUGUUCUCUCCAAUCGUUCUUCGUGGUUUCUCCAACACCACCGAGCAAGAGACAUUCAUCAACAGUGCCCACAACCUGGGCGAGGUCCUCGUAUGGCCUCAGUACGGCGUCAUGGCCAAAGUCAAAGACGCAGGAAAGGACGACAAGAAUGCUAACAACGUCACUUCCAACGAGGCGAUGCCCAUGCACUUUGAUGGUAUCUUCAAGUACAAAGAUGUCGCUGACCCGGUCACUGGCGAGAUCACAAAGGUGUUGAACCCUCCUGGCUACCAGUACUUCACCUGCAUUGCCACAGCACCAAAAGGAAGCGGCUACACUCUCUUCACUGCAUCACGUCUCUUCUUCCGCUACCUCUCCCCUCCCUGGACGGUCGAGCGCCUUGAACCCGUGACAUGGGGCACGCACAAUACCGGGUUUUGGAAGCAGGAUCAGGAGAAACUUAGCCUGGUCGUCAGGCACCCAGUUACCGGUGAGCCUUGCCUUCGCUGGCACGAACCCUGGAACAAGACGAAGUACUCGACUUGCGACGUCUUCAUUGAGAACGAGGACAAGGCGCUGAUCGAUGUUAUCAAUGCCGGUAUCUAUGAUUGGCGCUCCUGCUUGAGGUUCAGCUGGGAGGAGGGAGAUCUGUUGGUCAGCGACAACACUGCUAUGCUGCACACUAGGAGUGCAUAUGAGUCGGAUUGCGAUAGGGAGAUGUGGAGGAUUCACUUCGAUUGAGUCCGCGCUUUGAGGACAUGAACUGUUUGGCAUUGAGCAUACCGUGGCCCGCGUUGUUAGCGUUAUCUUCAAUCAUUUGAAGGCCUUUCAAUCCAAUGUUGCUUUGUUCUCGCGGCUUGUAUUCUGGUAGAUAAGUGUACCCCUAAAGUGCACCAGUGGAUUGUGGGGUGAAGAAGCUUUGCCGACACUUUGGUUGCCCGACUAUGAAUGGGGCCGCGGAGGGUACAGCUUGGCGGAGCGCAACUGCCGAGCGAUACGAUUCGUUCUUGCAAUUUGAAAUGUUCAUAUCCCGUG